AUGGGGGAUGGACCAUACCAUCCUGAAGGACCAGCGCAUGUGAAAGCAUUGAUCGUGUGUGCCACCAUGUUCUUGCUACGAGAGCUUGAGGCAUCAGCCAUUGACGUGGCCGAUAUCACGGUCUCCGAGACCUCGGUGGCGCUCUGGAAGGCGAAGGGCUGCACUAGGUCGUGGACGUGCGUGUGUGACACGGACCUCCCUUGCCCGUUCCACGUGUUGACCGAGCGCGUGGAAUCCUUGAGGUGCUUCUGGCAUGACAGAGGUGAGCCACUGGAACCUGACAGCCCCCUGUUUCCCUGUUCGGGCGGCCCCUAUUGUUCCAAGCGUGGAGUGGUGGCGACACUGAGAACUGCCAUUGACAACGCCGGAUCGGCGUCCAAGGCCAAGGAUGGCUCUUGGGUGGUAAGUGGACAUUCCUUUCGCAUCACUGCGGCAAGGACUCUUACCUGCCAUGGUCUGGACCCCAUCACCAUCCAGCUCAUAGGUAGAUGGGGAUCUGACGCUGUGCUCACGUACAUUGCUGAAUCUCCGUUGCAAGGAUUGCUGACCGCGUCGCGAGGCACUUCGAGAUGCUUUGAGCACUGCUGGAAGAACCUCAUUCGGCAAAUGGCUGAGCAGAAGAAGGAACAGGAAGUUUUGAAGCGAUUAGUUUAA